CUGUUCACUGGCCUUAACAUUGCUUUUGGGCGAAUUUCGUCAAGUGAACAUCCUCCUUCACCAUGUGGCUAUUUUUCAUUUUGGUUGGAGUGUUUUACAUGUAUUACAAAAGGAAUUUCAUCCGGCCUCCCAAUUUCCCUCCCGGACCUUUCAACUAUCCGAUUUUGGGCGGAAUCCCCGCUCUCGGUAGUAACGUCUUGACGGGAAUGAUUCGGCUUCAAUCUCAAUACGGCAAGAUCUUCAGCGUGUACAUGGGCACGGAUAAAACCGUAGUGAUUGCCGAUUACGAACUCGCUAAAGAAGCCUUGAACAAGGAUGAGUUUUGUCUCCGACCCGAUAUCAAGGCGUUGAACGAUAUUCGCUAUCCGGAUGAGCAUGGACAGGUCCGAGGGGUCAUGUUUUCCAACGGAGAUGAGUGGCUGGAGGUGAAGCGAUUUGCCCUCCGUCAUCUCCGAGAUUUUGGAUUUGGACGAAUCGGCAUGGAAGGACUCAUUUUGGAGGAGGUCCAACGAUGCAUCAACUUCCUGAAAGAGGAUCUUGGAAAAGAGGUUUGCCUGAAUAUGAAGUUAAACAUUCCGAUCCUGAACGCACUUUGGCAUAUCAUCUCCGGAGAGAAACUCGAUUACGAUGACAAGUAUCUCUUGGAUAUCGUUCAUAAGGUGGACGUCAUGAUGACCACCAUCGAUGUGAGCAGUGUAAUCAAUCUAUUCCCGUGGCUCAAGUACAUUUUUCCACAGGCCACCGGGUACAGUAAAACCAUGACCGCUUACUUAGGUAUCCGGAAAUUAAUUGAACAUCAGUAUCAGAUGCAUCUCAGGACGUUUCAAUACGACCAUAUGCGAGAUUUCAUGGAUGUCUAUAUUCAAGAGAUGAAAUCUCAGGACGGAAACGCCCAAUCGUUCCUUCAUGGCCAAAGAGGAUUGGAAAAUUUGAACUGUCUCUUGAGCGACUUGUUUGUGGCGGGUUCGGAUACCACAACGAAUACAAUAAAUUGGACUAUAUUUUACUUGGCCAAGGAUCUUCCCAAGCAACGUCGACUUCAGAAAGAGAUAGACCUGGUCAUCGGUCAAAAUCGCCUCCCCAGUCUAAAGGAUAAGUCAAAGCUCCCGUAUUUGGAGGCCAUUGUGCAAGAAGUGCAUAGAAUAUCGGCUUUGGGAUAUUUGGGUAUCCCUCGAAUCACGGGGAAAGACACCAAGUUGGGCGGCUACGAUAUUCCGCGAGGCACUCGCAUUUUUACUCAUAUCUAUCACAUUAUGCACGAUAAAGAUUAUUGGACUAAUCCGGACGAGUUCUUCCCUGAGAGGUUUUUGGACAAGGAGGGGAAAUUUCAAAUGGACGAACGGAGUGUUCCAUUCGGUAUUGGCAAACGGCAAUGUCUUGGCAAAACUCUGGCCCAAAAUGAACUAUUUCUGUUCGUCGCGGGUUUAUUCCAGGCAUUUAAUUUUGAUCUACCCAAGGAUAAACCCAUUCCGAAGAUGGAACCAAUCCCUGGAUUUAUUCUGGCAUGUCCUCCUUAUGAUGUGAUUGUGAACACCAGAGUAAAGUAUUCCGUGUAG